GCUUUCCUCAGGGCCCAGCUGGCUAGGCUGGACAGAGCGGCCAGUGGGGCGGGACGCGCUCCCUCCCUCCCUCUCUCGUCUGCCUCCCAGCGGGAGGGGCUGUGGCUCGUCUCUGGGGGGGGGCGGGAGGUCCGCGUUGCUACGGAGACGGAGCCGCGCCGGCUACUCCCGCCGGGGCCUACCCCGAAAGGCUCCCGCGGGCGGCGGGACGGAGCGGCGCCCGGAGCGGCCCUUUCGAUGCGGAGAGAGCUAGCGAGCGGGCGGCCGUGCUCCUGCUCCGCCCGGACCCCGUUCCACUCUCGGGUCAUGCGCCGGCGGACGAACUUCCCUUAAGCCCGCCCCGACGGCGUGGAGCGGCCGAGCCACUCCGAGCAAGGUCUGCUGAAGGCUUCGCGGGCUCUGCGCCUCUGGCCGCCAUGCCCUCGUCCCCCCAGAAGAGAGCGGGGCUCCUGGGGAAGAGCUGCUGGGCUCUGGAGCCGCCCGUUGACGCCUGCAAAGCUCCGUCCCAAAGUUCAUCUUCUUACGGCGGCUGCUGCCUGAGGACCAAUUACAAUAAUUCCGAAUUUUAGGUGGUAUGGUAUGAAUAUGCGUUGCUUGGCAGCUCGGGUGAACUAUAAGACUUUGAUUGUCAUCUGCCUUUUCUUCUCCUUGAUCACUAUCCUGCUGUGGAAUCGGUGCACCAGUGGAAAAAUAGCACCUUUCCCGCAUGACUUGAGCGGCAGUGUGAAAGCAGAUGGAUCAGAGAAGCGAGUGGCUGCAUCAGAGAGCAGCCAGUGUGUGAACAGACCACCUAAGCAGCAGAGUGAGGAAGCAUCGCCCCAGGAGCAGCAGAAGGCUCCCCCCAUUGUUGGGGGCUUCCAUGGGAACAAAAUCUUAGGGCUGAAAUAUGAAGAAAUUGACUGUCUAAUCAAUGAUGAGCACACUAUUAAAGGCAGAAGGGAGGGGAAUGAGAUCUUCCUGCCUUUCUCAUGGGUGGAGAAGUACUUUGAGGUUUACGGGAAAACUGCCCAAUAUGAUGGCUACGACCGGUUUGAGUUCUCCCAUAGUUACUCCAAAGUGUACACCCAGAGAGCCCCCUACCAUCCGGAUGGUGUUUUUAUGUCAUUUGAGGGCUAUAAUGUGGAAGUCCGUGACAGAGUGAAGUGCAUCAGCGGCGUUGAAGGUGUGCCGCUUUCCACGCAGUGGGGACCUCAAGGCUACUUUUAUCCUAUCCAGAUUGCCCAAUACGGGCUCAGCCAUUACAGCAAAAACCUGACGGAGAAGCCUCCCCAUGUGGAAGUGUAUGAAACGGCAGAAGAGAGGGAGCAGGGCAGCCCACCAGGCAAAUGGAUGGUUCCCAAAGGCUGUUUGGUCACAACGUUGCUGGACAAAUCCCGAUUCACAAAUGUCAAGCAGUUUGUUGUUCCUGAAAACUCCGAGGGAGCGUCUCUCCAGCUGGGGAACACAAAGGACUUUGUCAUUUCCUUUGACCUUAAAUUAUUAACGAAUGGGAGCGUUUCAGUGGUCCUUGAGACAACCGAAAAGAACCAGCUGUUUACAGUGCACUACAUCUCAAAUUCUCAGUUGAUUGCUUUUAAGGACAAAGAGAUUUUCUAUGGAAUCGGAGCCAGGACCAGUUGGAGCACAAUCACACGAGAUCUUGUCACUGAUUUAAGAAAGGGUGUCGGACUCUCUAACACAAAAGUGGUCAAACAGACCAAAAUUAUGCCCAAAAGGGUGGUGAGGCUGACUGUGAAGGGAAAGGGCUUCAUAGAUAACAUCACUAUCUCAACCACUGCCCACAUGGCAGCAUUUUUUGCUGCCAGUGAUUGGCUGGUGAGGAACCAAGAUGAAAAGGGUGGCUGGCCAAUCAUGGUAACCCGGAAGCUAGGGGAAGGGUUUAAGUCUUUGGAUCCAGGUUGGUACUCUGCCAUGGCACAAGGACAGGCAAUCUCCACCUUGAUUAGGGCUUACCUGUUGACAAAGGACCAUACUUUCCUCGGUUCGGCUCUGCGAGCAACAGCCCCUUACAAGCUCCUGUCAGAGCAACAUGGCGUGAGGGCUGUCUUCAUGGGCAAAUAUGACUGGUACGAGGAGUACCCAACCUCGCCCAGCUCCUUCGUUUUAAACGGAUUCAUGUACUCUCUAAUUGGCCUAUAUGAUUUAAAAGAAACAGCUGGCGAGAAGCUGGGCAAAGAAGCAAAGCUGCUCUAUGACCAGGGCAUGGACUCCCUAAAGGCCAUGCUCCCCUUCUAUGACACGGGCUCAGGAACAAUCUACGACCUUCGCCACUUCAUGCUGGGCACAGCUCCCAAUUUAGCCCGGUGGGAUUAUCACACCACCCACAUCAAUCAGCUCCAGCUGCUGGGCACCAUAGAUGAGGCCCCCGUGUUUAAAGAGUUCAUCAAGCGGUGGAAAAGCUACCUGAAAGGCGGCAGGGCAAAGCACAAUUAAGCCGAGCUGAUAACCAAAACCACAUUUCCUUGAUCUGCUGUGCUUAGGAGUUGCCAUCUUUAAGUAGAAAAGUGGAACUUUGGGAACUGUGUGUCUAUGUGUGUGCUUUUUAAAAAAGAUUUAUGUUUUCAAAGAAGUGGUCCUUAAAACCCCUUUAUAAUCAAUUGCAUUCCAGAGGAUAAAUACUUUAGAGAUGGCACUAGAGCAGACGUCCAAUGAUUGGACUGAAUCAAAACUUAAUAAGUUUACUUUCCACAGUGAUCCAUGAUGAUACUUAAUGCAGAAUAGAAUGUGUACUUCUGAUUUCCCCUCUUCUUUUCAGAGAAAUUCAUUAUGGAUUCACAAUUUUGUUGCCUGGAAUUUUGCAGAAAAACAAGAAUCCAUUUUCCUUUCCUUAAAAAGAAAAAAAGUGAGCCUUUUUUUUUUAAAGUAGCUUUACAACAUAAUUUCCUGUUUGCUUGUAUUCUCCAGAUUGGUUGGUGUGCUGAUUAUUUUUUCCCCCUUGUUGAAACAAUAUCAGAAUGUUUUGGGUUCUGUAUUGAGGGAUAAAUCCAACAGUGAUUUUGUUGUUGUCUGUUUAAAAUCUCUUGGGGAUGAGACUUCUCCAGGAAUGUUGGUGAAGCUCCAUGAAAGCAGAGGGAGCUGCAGAAGAUGCAAACGGUGCUUGUCCUCUUCUCAUUUGCCUCUUAUGAGGUCGGCCCCAGGCGUUUCUGGUGGGAUGGUAUCCAUCUGUACGUUUGAAUGUUUUGUUCUUCGAGCACAACUACAAGCAGUUUGAGUUGAUUGCACAAAUAUUGUAGCCAUUUUGACUGUGUCCCUUGAUCUACAUUUUUCCACCAAAUCUUGAUUCUGUUACUCUUUUACAUGUAACACUAUGGGUUUUUUUGUAUGUACUGUAUAUGCAGUUUAUUUUCUUGAGAAAUUUGAACUGUUUCCUUUCAGACUUGUAUUGUUUGAAAUACAAUGUAUGUUAUUUGGAAAAAUACGUCUCUGAUUUACCACAAACGUUUGUUUGUUUGCUUGUUUUCUUUUUGCAGCCUCUUGAUCAAGAGAGUGAGUUGAAUGUUUUUGUACUUUAAAUUAUAUUAUAUGAAUCAGAUAUUCAUAAUGACUACGGUACUUGUUCUACAUUUUUCUUCUGCCCAGCCAAUUUUCUAAACAGUGCUAGCUGUCUCUUAAACCUUACUAGAUGGCAACUGUUAUUUAAAUUUCUGUUCCUAAAAUUCUGCCUAAGGACAUGUUCUUGAAGAAUUUCCAUAGAUAUCUGGAAAUUGUUAUUGUGUUGCCAGAGCAGUUCUGUGAAACUCACAUGCAUCCCUUUAGAUAUUCUGAGUCGGUCCCUCUCUAAGCAGACUGAUGGGACUUCCAUUUGCGUGACCACUUAGAAGCUCAGGAAGAAAGUGAGUUAUGUGAGUUACGCCAUCUCUCGCAAAAUGCCAUUCUCACACUUAAUUCUUGCUUAUGAGCAGCUUUUCUGUGUUUGGCUGUUUCUGUAUAGCUGAUAGAAAGUGAAUCUAUAAAUGAUUUAUUAUUAUAAGUCAUGUUAAGAUGCCUGCCUAAGAAUCAGCUCAAGAGGUCAGUUUUUUUCAUAGAUGUUGAAAUGUCACUGGAUGAUAUUUUAGCAGAGUAGCUAAUCUUGACCAAAAUUCAGUUUAUAAGCAGUUCACAAUCCUGUCUAAAAUCUUUCCGAGCCUCAGUUCUCAUGCAGCAAAACCAGAUGCCCUGACAUCUCGAAAUUCCUUUUCCUUCCCAUAUUGCAAAAUGGACAGAAACAAUAAAAGGUGUAUUUUAGUAUUUUUAAAGCUAUGAACACGUUCUGACAUUAAAUUUCUUAGCAUAUACAUUAUAAUAUCAACCUCUCUGUUAGAACUGUUGUGAUCAUAUGAUUUCAGACCCCUUCCCAAUGUUCAUCUUUUUUCAUUAUAUAUCACAUGCCUCAUUUCAAACUUCCAUACAGAGCUAAAAUAGUUCUUAUUUUUAGAAGUAAAUCCCCAGGUCCCAACUAUAAAGGGUCUUUAUUUUUAAGAAUCGGUUAAAAUAUUUUGAGGCAAAAUAUUCUUCCCAAUAUAGCUUCCAGGCACUAUUUUGCUCCAAUUCCCUGAAUUCAUGUGUGAGAGAGAGAGAGAGCUGUGUCUGUCUGAAGAUACAGAUCUCAGAAAUCCUGCAUGCAAUUCUUGGAGCCAAGAAUUUGGCCGGAAGUAUAUAUAGACUAUGAAGAGGAAGCUGUGAAUGUCUUACGAAUACAGAAUUUCAAAGUGAAAAUUUAAUAUUAUUGAUGGAAUUGACAUGUAACUUAAUAUGUUUUCAUUAAGAUGGGCACAAAUGGUAACAUUUUCUGGUUGACAGGAUCAAAUAAUUUUCUUCCAGAAAGUUUCCAGCAGAGCAUAUCCUCUCAUCCUUUUGGCAUUCACUACUUUUUCAUUCCUCCCACCCCUAUCUAGUUCUGUCCAGGAGAAAGCAGGUCCAUUCCGUGCACAGAACAUUGGUUGCUGCUGGGUUAAAUAGCUGGAGAGCUGUAGACAGAACAUAGAUGGAAUCUGGAAAUGCUCACCCUUGCUGUGAUAACAAAAGAGGACAUUAUAGGACAUUUUCCCAACAACUAUGUAUAUAUCCAAGCAAUAUAUUAACUCCCCUUAUUUUUGCAGUUGAUGGCCACUUGGAUUUGAAGCAGUGUGUGCAGAGUUUUGGAUUGUACCACUUUGUUGAUUUGUUAGUGCCUUAACUCUUGUGGCCAUUACCCUCAUGCAGUAAGAAUACUGGACUUGCUCAUUCAGUGGCUUCCUCGUGCAACCCUCUUUAGGGUAUAGGUAUCUUUCUAGGCCCAUUGGGAUAAAAUUUAAAUGUGACUUAUUGUGUGUAUGAAGGUUCGGGGUGGCUCCUUCACAGUCUUUGAUUAUCAGAGAGAAACCUAAAAUUCUCCAGUAAUGUUCAUCAGGUUGAAACAGGUGGAAAAUGACAGGGCUUCCCUUAAAAGAUCAGAGGCAGCUGUUGACAAGCUGCACUGACUAUGAGCAGGAAUCACCAUGUAUGAUGGGACAGAUUCACCUUGUAUGAGGCUGUCACCUGAACGUGGUAUUUUCAUUCUUGGCACGCUAUUGAUUUGUUACACUUGUCAAUCUUUGUAAAUUUGACAACUAUUUGGUAAUGCUUGUAUGAUGCAGCCAACCAUUUUUUUGCUUUGGAUUUGACCACUUCUUCAGUGGCUUUUGUGAAUUAUGGAUGGUGGCUGUCACUGGAGACCGCUUGUUCUCCUUGCUUAAGAAAUACCAUGUCUGAAUUAGGCCUCUUAAUUAUAUAACAAAGGGUGUAUGAUAAGAAAUUUCAGGAGACAAAGUAAAUUGGAAAAAAAAGCCAGAAGAGAAGUUAUAGGAAAGCCACGACAUAGUCAUUUCAAGAAACAAGGAUUAUUCCUUUGUGGUCUUGGAUCUUGCAACUUUGCAUCACUGUGCAGACAAGUUUGCAUUGUGUUUAAGGAGACAGUGGCACAAGCACAAACAUCAUCACAUGGUCAUUUCCUGUGCCAUUCUUAGUGAUUCACUGCAUGCAAGUUUUUCAUCCUCCUAGUUGUGUGUUCCUUUUGUUUUUACUUCCGUUACAUACAGGAUUUACACAAAUAUGCAAUAAACUGUUUACAGGAUGCUCUUUGAAGGGCAGUGAAUCCUUUGUAAAAUUGUACAGACUUUGUGGUUUAAGCACAAUGUGCACAGGCUAGUUUUCUAUAUGGCAGGACAUGGGUUUUUUUUGCAGUAGGAAUUAUCAGAUAUAUGGAAUCAACUCUGUCCUUGUUGCUUUAUAAAAUUAUAAAAUAAAGGUUUUUAAUGUCU